AUGGCCAGCCUCACCCAGGAGUUGGGCACUGCUUUCUUCCAGAAGCACCAGCUGCCAGCAUCCAUGGCGGACACCUUCCUGGAACACCUCUGCCUGCUGGACAUCGACUCGGAGCCCAUCGCCGCCCGCAGCACAGGAAUCGUCUGCACCAUUGGUAUGGCACCGCUCCUUAGCUGCUGACGAGCUUCUCUCGCCCGCCCUGCAGAAGCGCUGCAGGGAAUCUAGUGAACUCUAGCGAAUUGUGAAUAUAGGAUUGGGUGUACACGCACCCGGCCUGUUGAAAUCUCACAAGCUCAAUAAAAUUUCUAUAGUACAGUGGAACCUCGGUUUUCGAACGUAAUCUGUUCUGGAAGACCGUUCGACUUCCGAAACGUUUGAAAACCGAAAACUCAGUACGGAAGCCUCAAUACAACAGGGAAACUCCAAACAGAAGCCACGUGGCAUGUUCAGCUUCAAAAAAUCGUUUGAAAACUGAAGCAGUUACUUCUGGGUUUUCGGCGUUCAAAAGCCGAAAUGUUCAACUUCUGAGACGAUCAAAAACCGAAGUUCCACUGUAUUUAGCAUCAGGUUUGGUCUGCUGUAUAAGGAAUCAUCCCUCCCUGGGGAUUAACAAAUUUAGAAACACUUUUGUGAAAUAGGAAAUGGUAGAAUAAAUUAUGCUAGAGGGAUGAGAAAUAGGUGUGUGUGUUGAAUUUAUCAGAGUUUAAAGCUGAUUGUUUACUGUUGCGAAAUGUGUGUUAUUUUGAUGCAGAAUAGAUGAUGGAUGGAUAGAUAGAUAGAUAGAUAGAUAGACAGAUAGGUACAGUGGUGCCCCGCAAGACGAAUGCCUCGCAAGACGGAAAAACCGCUAGACGAAAGGGUUUUCCGUUUUGAAGUUGCUUCGCAGGACGAAUUCCGCUAUGGGCUUGCUUCGCAAGACGAAAAUGUCUUGCGAGUCUUGAGAUUUUUUUUUCGCUUUUCCCCCCCUUUAUCUAAUCUGCUAAGCCUUUAAUAGCCUUUAAUAGCCUUUUAGCAGCUAAUCCCCUAAGCCUUUAAGCCUUUAAUAGCCGCUAAACAGCUGAUAGCGCUAAUAGCGCUAAUCCGUCAAUGGGCUUGCUUCGCAAGACGAAAAAACCGCUAGACGAAGACUCUUGCGGAACGGAUUAAUUUCGUCUUGCGAGGCACCACUGUAUAGGUAUAGGUAUAGGUAUAGGUAUAGGUAUAGGUAUAGGUAUAGGUAUAGAAAAAUAGAUGAUAGGUAGAUAGAUAGAUGAUAGAUAGAUGAUAGAUAGAUGAUAGAUAGAUGAUAGAUGAUAGAUAGAUAGAUAGAUGAUAGAUAGAUAGAUAGAUAGAUAGAUGAUAGAUAGAUACUGUAGAUAGGUAGAUGAUAGAUAGAUAUAGAUAGAUGAUGAUAGAUGAUAGAUGAUAGAUGAUAGAUAGAUAGAUAGAUAAUAGAUAGAUAGAUGAUAGAUGGAUAGAUAGAUAGACAGAUAGACAGAUAGAUAGAUGAUAGAUAGAUAGAUAGAUAGAUAGAUGAUAGAUAGAUAGAUAUAGAUAGAUAUAGAUAGUUAGAUAGAUAGAUGAUAGAUAGAUAGAUAGAUAGAUAGAUAGAUAGAUACCGGUAGAUACUGUAGAUAGGUAGGUAGAUAGAUGAUAGAUGAUAGAUGAUAGAUGAUAGAUGAUAGAUGAUAGAGAUGAUAGAUGAUAGAUAGAUACUGUAGAUAGAUAGGUAGGUAAACAGAUAUAUAGAUAGCAAUGGCUGCUAGCCAUGAUGUCUAUGCUCUGCCUUCUAAUGCUUCUAAAUACUACUUGCUGGACACUGCAGGAGGGGAGAGUGGUCUUGUGUUCGGAUCCUGCUUCCAGGUUUCCCACAAGCAUCUGGUUGGCCACUGUGAGAACAGGAUGCUGGGCAAGAUGUCUCUCUGGCCUCUUCCAACAGGCUCUUAUUCUCUUAUGUUAUGCUCUUCUGUUUUUCAUUUAAGGGGAGGGGGGCAAGAUUCCUUGCGAUCAAAAAUAAAUACCUCCGCACUCAACACACCCCUAACUCCUGGAAUUUACUGCCACAAACUGUGGUGGUGCUUUAAGCGAAAAAUCGGACCAAUUGAUGAUAGAAGAGGAGGCAGAAGAGGAAUGCUAACCAGCACAGCAAAAUGGAAAGUCCAUAGCUAGAGGCAGCGAAUCAGAGAAUGAGAAUUAUUGGAAAAAGGGAAACAUUGCCUGGGAGCUUCCUGGCAGCAUCUGGCUGCCCUCUGUUGGAAACAGGAUAUUCAGCCAGAAAGGUGGUCCCUAUGUACUUAUGUGCACACUUAGCACCCUCACUUCCCCUGGGGCGUUUGGGGAAAAUGAAUGAUUCCUGUUAAAGACUGAGUUGGGUCAUUUGACAGGACGUAGCCUGGCUAGGGACAUGGGUGGUGCUGUGGGUUAAACCACAGAGCCUAGGGCUUGCUGAUCAGAGGUUUGGCGGUUCGAAUCCCCACGAUGGGGUGAGCUCCAGUUGUUCGGUCCCAGCUCCUGCCAACCUAGCAGUUCGAAAGCACGUCAAAGUGCAAGUAGAUAAAUAGGUACCGCUCCGGCGGGAAGGUAAACGGUGUUUCCGUGCGCUGCUCUGGUUCGCCAGCAGCGGCUUAGUCAUGCUGGCCACAUGACCCGGAAGCUGUACGCCGGCUCCCUCAGCCAAUAAAGCGAGAUGAGUGCCGCAACCCCAGAGUCGGUCACGACUGGACCUAAUGGUUAGGGGUCCCUUUACCUUUACUUUAGCCACUGGCUUGGUGACACUGGGUGCAAGACCUGAGGGAGGAUGUGUCAAUAUGGUUCUUUGUCCCAGUGACCCAAUGCUCCCCGUCUCCUCUUUCAGGCCCUGCUUCCCGCUCGGUGGAAAUGCUCCGUGAGAUGAUCAAGGCUGGAAUGAACAUUGCACGGCUGAACUUUUCGCACGGCUCACAUGAGGUAUCGAGUGGGUGGGGAUGAGAGUAAGCCAUUUCCUUCCCCAAGAGGGUGGGGUGUCAUGUCCUGGUCUGAUGCUGGAUCCCAUGGGGAAAGCUGAAGGUUUCUGGACCAAUGGAUAGCUCCAAGUUGAGCCACUUGUGCCAACAAAUCUAGGACAUGGACAGAGGCGUUUUAGGCCUCGGCCUCCAGAUUCCUUCCUUGACAGGAGCGAGCCAGCAGUAAAUCACACUGAGCUAGUUGGAGUUAACUCUUUAUUAGCAAAAACGGGAUCUGCACAGGAGUGUCAGGCCUAAUGAGUGCAGCAACUUAUCCCUGGCAGGUCUUGCCCCCAUGAAGCAGUUGUAGGAUGUGAAACACCAGAGCAGUCAAGUACAACAUUCCUAGAGUGAACAUGUUUGCACAUGGGGAGGAAUCUUUGUCCAGCCAACAGGAAAGCUUCCUGUUUCCUUCUGGGCUGGGACAUACUUCCUCUGCAUGUGACUAGAGAGUGGGUGUGGCCUCACCUGUGCAGGUAAUGACAAAAGCACAGGGCAGGGCAGCCAUCUCUCUCUCUCUUUCACCACAUGCAUCAAAGAAACAACAUCUACUAAGCCAAAGAUGCCCUCUUGGCUUCCAGCCAAGAGAGGACAAAGGGACUGUCUUCUUAUGAGAUAGAUUCCAAGUUUAUGUUACUACAUUAAGCUAAGUCUGCCUUCUGAGAUCUGAUUGUGAACUGAAUGUGAGUAAACUCUUUUUAUACUUUUAUAGAAGACUGUGUUGUGUCUUAUCUUUCAUGAGGGAAUAAGGGAAAACUACCAGAACAGUUAUUAGAGAGGCUUUAGCGAGCCUGAGCAAAACACAUCCGUUGCAAAUUUAAAAGAAGGGAAUGUUACUCUGCUGAAAUUGUGGAACUUGUUAACACAAGUUGGAUAAGGAUAUAAUCAGACAAUAUAUCCUCUCCUGCAUCCCUGAACAUUCCCACAGCAGUUGCUGAGACUGAGAGUCCCCACCUCCCCACAGCUGCCUAAGCCCCUUCCUCUCCAGAGUUUUCCCCAAACAAUUGGAGACUGUGCCUGUGCAAAGCCAAACUGUCCUCCACCCUUUUCAUGCCUCUUCUGGUUCUGGGGAACUGGGGGAGAGGGAAGUUUGUGGCAGAAGGAGGGGGAGACCCCUGUGAUUCUUCACCAGCCUGACCCAUCUCUGCCUCUUGGCCCCCCUCCUCUCCAGGUCUGAGCCCUGACUCAGCUCCAGCUCUGCAUCCGUCUCUACACCUUGGGCUCUGUGCUCAGGGGUUGGGUGCCGCGACUCUGAAGUCAGAUUCCCCCUUCUUCAGUGAAUGAGGAAAGGAUCCACUGACUCCCCACCACCACCACCACUGUUUUCUCUUUCAGUACCAUGCAGGAUCCAUUGUGAAUAUCCGGAAAGCAACGGAGAGUUUUGCCUCCAACCCGCUCUUCUACCGACCGGUGGCCAUUGCCCUGGAUACCAAAGGCCCAGAGAUCCGCACCGGUGUGGUCAAAGGGGUAAGAUUGGGAAUGAGUGGUUCCAUAUUUGGGCAGUUGCCCCAUGAAAUAAAUGUUUGCCAUUGGUUGUCUUGGUUAUAACAGACUAGGCUGUUACAGGGAACCAGGUGGAGGGCCUUCUUGGUGGUGGCACCCGCCCUGUGGAACGCCCUCCCACCAGAUGUCAAAGAGAACAACAACGACCAGACUUUUAGAAGACAUCUGAAGGCAGCCCUGUUUAGGGAAGCUUUUAAUGUUUGAUGCAUUACUGUAUUUUAAUAUUUUGUUGGAAGCCACCCAGAGUGGCUGGGGAAACCCAGCCAGAUGGGCGGAGUAUAAAUAAAUUAUUAUUAUUAUUAUUAUUAUUAUUAUUAUUAUUAUUAUUAUUAUUCCUGUCUGGCCUGUUGCUCAGCAACAUGCAGGACUCUACUCAGGUGGGGUGUCAGAGAGGGAGGUGAGCCUGCAGGACUGGGACUGCCCUGCUGCUGGGUAGAAGAGCAACUUCUGACUCAUCUCUCUCUGAGUCUGUGCUCACACUGAGACUCUCAGCCUCCAGCGCUGUCCUGGGGCCUCCUUCUCCUGACCCCCAUUAAUCUCUCAAAACCUGCUCCUUCUAGCACCUCCCAGCUUGUCCCUUUCCCUGACUGUUCCCCAGUGUCCCACCACCAUGACCCGGUGUCAGGGAGUCAUGAUAACAAACGGGCGUAGUUAAUUAAGAAUAAGAUUUAUUGCAAAACAGAGUUCACUGGAGCAGCCAUCACAGCCGUCCGCCUAUAAAUCAAAGAUGUCCCUUCUAAGGAGGAUGUUUCCAGAGAGACCAGAAACAGCCGAACUUCCUCUUGUGACAUAUUCUGUCUUGAAGACCCCCCCAUACGCCUAGACUUUGGACUAAGGGGGUCAGCUCCCACCCCUUCCUCAUUCUCUGAAACAGUACUUCCGUGGUCCUUCCUGCUCUCUGAGCUACUUUCGUAUCUAGCCCCUGCAUUUUGUCCUUCGCUGGUGUGCUGGCAAGCUGCUGGCUGACUCUCCACCACUCUGCUAUCAGUUGACAUUCCUGUUUUGCAGUUAACCCUCUCUCUUCCUGGCUAUUCCCUUCACCAGGAGCUGGUUGCAAACUUUCCCUGGGAGCUGGCUCAUUCAUGACAGCCGGGGUCUAAAUCUUCUUCUUCUGUGUCCUCCCUGGGGGGCACUUGGGCAGGCAGCACCACUACUCGUACCUAGGUCUCGUACCUAUGGGACCGCCUCUCCUGGUAUGCCCCACGGAGAGCCUCAAGGUCCAUAAAUAGCAACACCCUAGUGGUCCCGGGCCCUAAGGAAGUUAGAUUAGCCUCAACCAGAGCCAGGGCCUUUUCAACACUGGCUCCGGCCUGGUGGAACGCUCUGUCUCAUGAGACCAGGGCCCUGCUGGAUCUGAUUUCUUUCUGCAGGGCCUGUAAGACAGAGUUGUUCCGCCUGGCCUUUGGCUUGGAGCCAAUUUGAUUCCCUCCCUCUCUUUCUUUUUUCUUUUCCUUCUCCUCCUGCGAUGAGGCUACAUUUUAAUAUUUUAAUGUUUCAAUAUUUUAAUGUUGUAUUUUAAUUUUGUUUUUAAGCUGUAUUCAUUCAACUUGUUUUUAUUAUUGCUUGUUAGCCACCCUGAGCCCGGCUUUGGCUGGGGAGGGCGGAGUAUAAAUAAAAAUUAUUAUUAUUAUUAUUAUUAUUAUUAUUAUUACUCAUUCAGCCAGUCCCUGCCAAUCUGCUCUGCAUGCAGAAAUCCCCAAGUUCAAUCCCCAAUGACUCCUGACAGGGCUGGAAGUAUUCCCUGUCUGAAUCCCUGGAGCACCCUAACGGCAGAGCUGGUUCCGAAAUAAAAAAUUGCAGCCCUAAUCAAUAGUUUAAUAGUAGUAGUAGUAGUAAAUUUUUAUUUAUACCCUGCCCUCCCUGGCUGGAGCUGGGCUCAGGGCAGCUAACACCAGUAAAAUUACAAUAAAAUAAUUAAAAAACCACUUUAAAAUACAGGUUAAAAUAUAAUUUAAAAUGCAGCCUCAUUUUAAUAGUAGCCCAAAGAUCAAAACCAUAAGGGGAGGGAAACAUAAGGGUCAGACUGAGUCCAAACCAAAGGCCAGGCAGAACACCUCUGUCUUGCAGGCCCUGUGGAAAGAUGUCAAGUCCCGCAGGGCCCUCGUCUCUUGUGACAGAGCGUUCCACCAAUUGGGGCCAGUACUGAAAAGGCCCUGGCCCUAGUUGAGACUAAUCUAACCACCUUGCGACUUGGGACCUCCAAGGUGUUGUCAUUUGUGGACCUUAAGGUCGUCCGUGGGGCAUACCAGUAGAGGCGGUCCCGUAGGUACGUGGGUCCUAGGCCGCAUAGGGCUUUAAAAGUCAAAGGUGUUCCCUUUGCUCUUAAGAAAUAACUGCUCACGUGGGUGUGGCCUCCUUCUGCAGGGCGUGGACCAAGAAGUGGAACUGGUGAAAGGAUCGCGGGUGCUGGUUACGACAGACCCAGCCUUCCGGGAGUGCUGUGACCAGAACACCGUCUGGCUGGAUUACGUCAACUUGCCCAAAGUCAUCAAAGUCGGAGGACGGAUCUUCAUUGACGACGGCCUCAUCUCCUUGCUGGUCAAGGAAAUCCGUACGUAUGCUUCUCCCCUUUCUGCGGUUUGGAAGCCCACCCUUUCGCCUCUCGCUGCUGAGGUGGGUGGUCUCCAUCUUUCUUUUCCCCCCAAUGAUAUUUAUUAUUUUCAGUAAAUAAACAUUAUAAAAAAGAGAAGAUUAACAAUAAUAAAGACAAACAAAAAAUAGGAGAAAAAGAGAAACAAGAAAAAAGAGACAUACAACGUAUUACCACUUAAUUAAUUAAAAUUAAGUGCCAUCCAUCUUCAUAGACAUAGUAUUUGACUUCCUCGAAUCUCUUCCAUCCGAAUUUCUUAGUAAUUAUAUGUAGCUUAUCAGUGUUUCAAAAGACCAUAUCAUAGUCCUAAUCAUAUUACAUAUUACAUAGCUUUCCUUAUCGUACAUUUUCUUCUUUAUAAAUUUAAUUCCAUUUUAAUCCUAGGCCUAAUUGUUUCUUUCAAGUAGUUACAUAUCUUUGGUCUCCAUCUUUCUUAUGCCUCAGACUAGCACCUCCUGUCCAGGAGCGGCCAGUGGUGUCAGGAACCGCCAAGGAGAACAGGGCAUUUGCAGAUCAGAGAAAGAUAGUAAACACCAGAUGACUUACAGUUAGUUUCUUUAUGAGACAAGCAGAACAGAGAACACGCAGAGACUCCUAAGGGUUGCUCCUGUGUAGAUGAAGCAGUUGAGCGGACUGGCUUGUAACUCCCCCCUCCACUCCUUAUCCCUCUGUGUCAGGCCCCUCCCUCUGUUUACAGCAAGCCCGAGUAAUAAUAAUAAUAAUAAUAAUAAUAAUAAUUGUUUAUUUAUAUCCCACCCUCCCCAGCUGAAGCUCAGAGCUGCUAACAACAAUAAAAGUAACACAGGAUUCUAAAAUCAAUCCAUUCUAAAAUCAAUUCAAAAUCAAAUUAAUGACAACCAUUGGGCUACACUUCUGUGGGGAUUACCGAAGGAGGGGGUCAGACUGUGCCUUGGCCAAAGUCCUGGUGGAACAGCUCUGUCUUGCAGGCCCUGCGGAAAGAUGUCAAGUCCCGAAGGGCCCUAGUCUCUUGUGACAGAGCGUUCCACCAGAUCGGGGCCACAGCCGAAAAAGCCCUGGCUCUGGUCGAGGCCAGCCUAACCUCUUUGUGGGACCAUCUCUGUUUCUGCCUGGCUCUCUGCUCUGUAAAGUGCAACAGACGCCUUGUUCUGGGAGUGGGGGCCUGCAGGCUGUCAGCAGAAAAAGCUGUCAGGGUGGCUCUGUGGUGGAGCGGCCGAGUCUGAGUCCCAUCUCUGCCCUGCUGGGGAACCUCCCUGUUUCCUUCUCUUCAUCCUCCUCCAAGUUCCCAACCUCCAGUACUUCCCAGCUCUUCCGCUGGUCUGGGGUGUGGCACGUUUCCCAUCACCAGAAUCUAAAUCAUUUCUCUCUGUGCUUUCCCUCUUGGUCAGGCAGUUUCCACCACUCCUCCUCAUCCUGUAUACCUGAAAGAGCGUCUCCACCCCCAUCGUUCAGCCCGGACACUGAGGUCCAGCGCCGAGGGCCUUCUGGCUGUUCCCUCAUUGCGAGAAGUGAGGUUACUGGGAACCAGACAGAGGGCCUUCUCGGUAGUGGCACCCUCUCUGUGGAACACCCUCCCUUCACAUGUGAGGGAAAUAAGCAGCCAUCUUAUCUUUAAAAGACAUCUGAAGGCAGCCCUGUUUAGGGAAGUUUUUAAUAUUUAAUGCUGUAUUGUUUUUAACACUCGAUUGGGAGCCGCCCAGAGUGGCUGGGGAAACUCAGCCAGAUGGGCGGAGUAUAAAUAAUAAAUUAUUAUUAUUAUAUCAUUAUCCAGCCACUCCCUGACAAGUGGGUUAGGUGGGGAUAGGUACCUGGCAUCCCAGCAGCAGCAUCACGGCUGCUUGCCAGCAGGGGGAAGGCGAGGCGGCAGAGAGGCUGUCUCUGUGUGGUUGCACUGUAGGGAGCAUUGGGUUUGCUCUGCAGUUGCACCUGCGCCGUGCUUCCCUUCUUGCCUCUCUUCUUCCCAGGAGGCCAGGUGUGCAGUGACACCUGUCUCUGCUGGCCGCUCCUGUUAAUUCAGCACCCUGGAUAGCACCCUCCCUGAUAAGGCCUGUGGGCAUGUCCAAAGUCUGUUUCAGGGACCGCUUCUCUUGGUCUGCCCCGUGAAGGACCUUAAGGUCCACAAAUGACAACACCUUGGAGGUCCCAAGUCGCAAGGUGGUUAGAUUGCUCUCAACUAGGGCCAGGGCCUUUUCAGUACUGGCCCCGACUUGGUGGAACUCUGUCACAAGAGACUAGGGCCCCAUGGGACUUGACAUCUUUCCGCAGGGCCUGCAAGACAGAGCUGUUCUGCCUGGCCUUUGGUUUGGACUCAGUCUGACCCUUAUGUUUCCCUCCCCUUAUGGUUUUGAUCUAUGGGCUAUUAUUAAAAUGAGGUUGCAUUUUAAAUUCUAUUUUAACCUGUAUUUUAAAUUGGGGGUUUUUUAAUUGUAAUUUUACUGGUGUUAGCCACCCUGAGCCCGGGUCUGGCCAGGGAGGGCGGGGUAUAAAUAAAUUUUUAUUAUUAAUCCGACCUGCUGGUCGGUUUAAUCUGGCCCCUGUGGCAGUUUGUUUGCUGGGGUAAAAAAACCCUCAACAACUUCAGCCCUAAAAAAAAGGCUCAACAAUUCUGGGGUAAAAAUCAUAAAAAAGCUCAAUAACCUCAAACCUGAAAAAAGUUCAGCAACUUUGGUUGGUCCUUUGGCUGGCCCUCAAGGCUCUUCACUUCAUCAAAUCUGGCCCUCUUGGGGAAAAAAUUGGACACCUCCGAUAUAGUGGCUACUGGGCAACAGAUCCUUGUUCCCAGAAACAGCAAUUGAGGUAGUUGCAUAAAGUUAGGGUUGCCAUACUUCUGGAGUUUCCUUGUAACGUCCGGAAUUCAAACAGCAUCCAGGGGGAAUUUCGGCAAAACCUCCAUUUUUGGGGGCCAACAGAACCAGGGAGUGUGUUUUGGUUCUCUGUUCAGCAUUGUUUUGUAUAAUAAUAAAAAUUAUUAUUAUUAUUAUUAUUAUUAUUAUUAUUAUUAUUAAAAUAUUAAAAACACACUAAAACAUCAAAUAUUAAAAACUUCCCUAAACAGGGCUGCCUUCAGAUGUCUUCUAAAAGUUAGAUAGUUGUUUAUUUCCUUGACAUCUGAUGGGAGGGCAUUCCACAGGGAGGGCGCCACUACCGAGAAGGCCCUCUGCCUGGUUCCCUGUAACUUGGCUUCUCGCAGCGAGGGAACCUCCAGAAGGCCCUCGGCACUGGGCCUCAGUGUCCGGGCAGAAUGAUGGGGGUGGAGACGCUCCUUCAGGUAUACUGGGCCGAGGCUGUUUAGGGCUUUAAAGGUCAGCACCAACACUUAUUGUGCUCGGAAACGUACUGGGAGCCAGUGUAGGUCUUCGUACAGAGUUUCUUUUGGACUACUGGUUAUUGAUCAUGAUACAGAGAUUGAGUGAUUUAUUCAGUCCUGGUAUGAGCCUUCUUUGUCUGACCCCGUCUCACAGGCCCCAACGGCUGCAUCACCGAGGUGGAGAAUGGUGGGAUGCUGUGCAGCCACAAGGGGGUCAAUCUGCCGGGGGCCGCGGUGGACCUGCCGGCGGUCUCCCAGCGGGACAUCCAGGACCUGCAGUUCGGCUUGCAGCAGGGCGUCGACAUCGUUUUCGCCUCCUUCAUCCGCAAGGCCAGCGAUGUGGCUGCCAUCCGGAAGGUUCUGGGAGAGCAAGGCCGCAACAUCAAGAUCAUCAGCAAGAUCGAAAACCACGAGGGAGUCAAAAAGUAAUUUCCAGCUUCUAUGCUUUCCUGGCCCCGUAGACUGGAGGGGCAGCCCUCCAGGCCUCUGUAUCUGGGCCUUAAGACUCUCCUCAGGCCACAACCUCCCACUUGCCCUGCUGUGUUCCCUCCUUGGGUGAUUUUGCCUGGCUGAAAAUUGCCCUUGAACUCUGAUACUCUUUCUUGCUUGCCUGGAUAGAAAAUAGAAAAGGAUGUGGGAAUAAACAUUUGUUGCUCCGCCCACUUUUGCUUAUGGCCCCGCCCACCACUGGAAUGUGGCCCCCAGAAGAACACCUGGAAGGGAAUGUGGCCCUUGGGCCAAAAGGGGCUCCACACCCCUGCCAUAGACAGUCUCAUGGGUUAGAUUUCUGCCCCUGAGCCAAUUUCCAGCGUAUUUUAGGCUAGCAGAAUAAAGCCGUCUGUGGUGUGUCGGGGGAAUAGGAGAUUAACCUGCUUUCUUGGAUCAAUCUUCACUUUAAAAAUACAUAUCACAUGGGACAUUUUUGUUAAGAGGUGAAGUAUUCCUUAUUCUCAGGGUUUAAACAUAACGAUGUAGAUUUAUAUUCCUCUCUACAGAUCCAUGGGACGUGGGUGGCUCUGUGGGUUAAACCACAGAGCCUAGGGCUUGCCAAUCAGAAGGUUGGCGGUUUGAAUCCCCAUAAUGGGGUGAAUUCCCGUUGCUCAGUCCCAGCUCCUGCCAACCUAGCAGUUCGAAAGCCCGUCAAAGUGCAAGUAGAUAAAUAGGUACCGCUCCGGCGGAAGUUAAACGGCGUUUCUGUGCGCUGCUCUGGUUCGCCAGAAGCGGCUUAGUCCUGCUGGCCACAUGACCCGGAAGCUGUAUGCCGGCUUCCUCGGCCAAUAAAGCGAGAUGAGUGCCGCAACCCCAGAGUCGGCCACGACUGGACCUAAUGGUCAGGGGUCCCUUUACCUUUACCUUUACAGGUCCAUAAAUCAAUCAAACCAACACAAAGGUUGCUAUCUGGUAUCGCAUCUGCCAUCCUGUGAAUUAGCAGCUUUCGUUUUACAUAAUGGGGGCACAUUCCUAGUCCUCAUGACUUUAUAGAAAACCUUGAGCACUUGCAAGCAUAUUUUUUAAAUGGGGAGGGGGUGAUCUGGGGGGCCUGGAAUAAAACACCGUGGCAUAAAACACCCCCCAGUGGUCUGAAUCUGAAUAUUCAGGAGCUACAUAUAUCACUUGAUGGUGCAACUAUGAGAGAAGCUAGAUUUCUCCAUGCAGGAGAGUCCUCCUUGUAUAACCCCUGCUAUCGCUUGUAUUUGGCCUCAUUGCAACCUCUCUUGCUUCCUGGCAGGUUUGACGAGAUCCUGGAAGCCAGCGAUGGCAUCAUGGUGGCGCGUGGAGACCUGGGCAUUGAGAUCCCCAGCGAGAAGGUUUUCCUGGCUCAAAAGAUGAUGAUUGGGCGAUGUAACCGUGCAGGGAAGCCUGUGAUAUGCGCCACUCAGGUAAGCUGCUGAGAGCAGGGGAACUGGGGGUAGACUGCCUCUGAACGUGGGGUCUCCAUGUCUAAAUCAGCUGCCUCACCGGGCAGUACCCACAGGGAGUUCAGUCAGAUACUAUCUUUUCUAUCCAUUAGAAAAGAGUGGUUUAAAGUGGACCACUUCUCACUUUGGCUCUCAAUAUUCUUUUAAAAAAGGGAUGAGGACUAGAUGGGCCAUUGGCUUGAUCCAGCACCAUCUUUGGUCCUUACACCUCACCUCCAAUGUUGGAGGCAGCAUGCUGGGAAUCACAAGUGGCAGAAGAAGGAUUCCCAAAGACAUCUUGUUGGCUUUUGUGAGAACAGGAUGCUGGACUAGUAUUGGUUGCAAGGGAAAAAUAUGGAGAAAUGAGAAUUCCUGGGUGCCAAGAUCCAAGUUUGGGGCAAGUCCUCUUCAGUGAGGGAACCCGAGCAGAGAUUUAAAACUGCAAAAUACGCAGCAAAGUAAAGUGUGGAAAUAUAGGCUGUUGGAUCUCUAAAAUAUGCGCUUGUGAUUUCUAAAUUCCCCACACUUGGAAAGUUUUAAAAAUGGUUUACUUACAAACUUUCCAGAGGUCAGAUUCAUGUGCUUCAGAAUAGGUUGCACAGGCACUAAAAGUUAGCUGUUACAAAGUGGUUAAAGUUCCUAAAUUAUUGGUAUAGGAAAUUGAGAAUGGCUUGUGAGAGCCAUGUGGUCUGAGCUUGGAGCAACCAGCUCAGACCUCUUGACGUGCUGAGCUUCUCGGGUAGACUGGAGGGGAACAAAAGCUUGGUUAUUUAGUUCCUCCCAAAGUUUGCUAAGCAUGCCGGGACAGCCUACUCUAUGGUAUUAACCCCUACAUGCAUCAAUUAGACUUAAGCAUGCUGGUUAUAUGAGGCUUGGUUAUCUCACAAUGGGUCUGGCCUCAUCCAACCACUGUAAAAAACAGUGGAUGCUGAACAACGAAAUAUUGGCCUAAUCCAGCAGCCUGGCUCUUCUUAUGUUCUUAUUCAUUUAAAAAAUACUGAUAAAUGCAAAGUUGGCACAACUUUUUCAAAAAUCAAAACAGAAAUAAAAUGGGUCAUGUUAGAACAAACACAUAUAAUGAAGGGACCUGUGAAAAGGGACAUGCUUACAGUCUCCUUCCUCUCUCCCGGGCAGAUGUUGGAGAGCAUGAUCAAGAAGCCCCGCCCCACGAGGGCAGAGACCAGCGAUGUGGCCAAUGCAGUUUUGGAUGGAGCUGACUGCAUCAUGCUGUCUGGAGAAACCGCCAAGGGGGCGUAUCCUGUGGAAGCUGUGCGGAUGCAGCAUGCGGUAUGUAUCCAGUUCUUCCUUUCAAUUACUUCUCCCCAUAUAUAUAUGGUAGGCUGGCUGGGUGGGAACAUGACAGAACAAUAAACAAUACCAGAAUCUGCUAAGAAUUAGUGGUUGUGGCAAGCGAGAUCUGCAACGAAAUAUUUAGAACUUUUAGAAGACAUCUUUUAGAAGACAAACUUUUAGAAGCCAUCUGAAGGCAGCCCUGUUUAGGGAAGCUUUUAAUGUUUAAUAGGUUAUUGUAUUUUAGUGUUUUGUUGGAAGCCGCCCAGAGUGGCUGGGGAGACCCAGCCAGAUGGACGGGGUAUAAAUAAUAUAUUAUUAUUAUUAUUAGAGUGUGGAGUUCAGGGUUCCAGCCAGCCAGCCAGGCCCUGCUCUGUGAUACCCUUACACUUGAACUUGGAAGGAUAAACAUCCCCCAUCCAUUACUCUGUGGUCUGAAUCAACUGCUGCCCCUUCCACAUUUGAACUUACGUCUUAUAAUCGUCAAUCUUGUUUGGAUAUCUGUGCUGACUGAUGGACUGCAAAUGUACGGGGGUUGUGUUCUGGGUCAUCACGCAUGAUGGUGGAGCAUGCAUAAAUCCAUUCCAUCCUGUUCCACCCUCUUCUGGCCACUUCCGGAUCUCCGCGAAGUAUGUGUGCAUGUUUGGACAUCAAUCGGAUGCACAUCGAUCGGCCGUUGCCUGUAUGUAGUUAUGUGCAUGUGUGGAUUGGUGGAUGAUUCAGAAUGUUAAGAUAAGCUGAUGUUGCUUAUUUUUUCUUUGUUAUAUCUGCAAAAUAAUAAUAAUAAUAAUAAUAAUAAUAAUAAUAAUAAUAAUAAUAUAAUGUGCCUAAGGCAGUUCAAAGCAACCUGUCCACUGAGUGUUCAUCCUUCUUUGUUUUCAUAAACCUUGCAAGGAAGUUAUGUGACACCCGACGUUCACUAUGGGGCAAUAGUUCAAAGGGUAGAUCACCUGCUCUGUAUUUGGUCUGCCAAAGCUACCAGGAUCAACUUCUGGCAUCUCCAGUUUUCAAAGGUAGUAAUUAGGGACGAGGGAGCAGUUUGGUACAGUGUGCAUUUAAUCCUGUACUUUUUGAAACAAUAUGCAAACCAGAUACACAGCCAUCCUUGAAAAUUCACAUUUCUCCGAAUUUCUUGAUGCGGUUCUACCCCCCCAGGCGUGUUUACAAAAAUGCAUGUUUUAGCGGGAGGUGUGCACCAGAGGGGAGAGUCUCAGGAAAAUAACAUACAAGAAUGCAUUAGGUCUGGGGAAAUGGCUUGCCAAAAGGUGUGCAUUAGUCAAAACUGCACAACAAAAUGUGUCUGCUGAUGAAUUUUCAUGUGGGUCGUGAAAAAUAAACGAACUGCAAAUUGUUGCAAAAUGUAUGACGGGGGGGGGGGAAUAGAAAUGAAGAGUGUUGAAAUGGACAAAUCCUUCCGUCCCCAGCAGCAAGGGAUGGGGAAUAUCUUCCUCUUGAGAUGCUGCCUGCCAAAGCAGACAGUAUUGGGCCAGCAUGAAUGUCAAUGUCCCUCCUGCACAGAUUGCUCGAGAAGCUGAGGCCGCCAUGUAUCACCACCAGCUCUUUCAAGAGCUGCGCCGCCUGACCCCGCUGAGCCAGGACCCCACGGAGGUGACAGCCAUCGGCGCUGUGGAGGCUUCCUUCAAGUGCUGCGCAGCUGCCAUUAUCGUCCUCACGACAUCCGGCAGGUGAGGUCAAGGGUGGGAUGCUCGAAGGGGCUGGGACCCCAACCUGUCUGUCAAGCAGCCUUGUGCAACCCAGAUCCCAUCGCCUUAAUGCAGAGAUGGAGACCCGGGGCAGAUCUACACUCAUGGUGUUUAACGUUAAGGAAAGGUUAAGAAAUGGCUUUGAUAACCACAUGGCCACAUGACGUUAUGCUUUUAACAUUCAUAAUUAUGUUAUUAAAAUGUGACACCCAAGGCCGCUUCAGAGCAACCAGCAACUAGCAGUAGGCAAAGUGUGUUUUGAGGGAGGUAAGAAAUGCUUUAUUUUACAAGUCUGUCGAGUAAUGUUUCAGAACGAUAUAUCUAAUAUCGUUCUAAUAACGUUAAACAGGCCCGUGUAGAUCCAGCCCUGGUGUUCCUUCUUUGAGUAGACCUAUUGAAGUUAAUAGACAUGGCUAACAUAGAUCCAUUAAUUUAAAUGGGUCUACUUUGUCUAGGGCUUAUGGCACAUUCACACCAUAAAUUUAAACAGUCAUUGCUUCCCCCAGAGGAUUCUGGGAGCUGUACUUGAAGAGGGCUGAGAGUUGUUAGGAGACCCCCUAGUCCUUUCACAGAGCUGCAAUUUCCAGAGUUUGCAGUGAAGAGGGACUGAUAGUUAAACUACUCUGAUUAAAGCUUACACCUGUUGUUCAGCCACUUUCGCCUCUGCCCUGGCCCAAUAAUAAUAAUAAUUUUAUAAUUGACAUUUAUUGAAUUUUCAAAGAAUAACAACAAAAAUUUCCAAAAAAAAAAAAAAAAAAAAUUUAGGAUACAAAAAACAAAAAUAGUGCAUAAACAAAAAAGAAAAGAAAACCCAGCCGCAAAGAAAGAAAAAAAGAGAAACAGAAAAACAAAAAUAUAAAGUCCUUUACAAUCUCUAUUGACUUCCUUUCUAGACUUCCUCCUCCUCCCCUCUUUUGUUUCUUAAUUUUUAAUUUUUACAGCAAAUCCUUUCUGUUUUUUCAUAACAAUCUGUCAUUACGUUUCCUUAUUCUAUUUUCCCUCUUGUCAUAUAAAAACUUUAAAACUCAUAGCUUAUAUUCAAUAUUUACCAAAUUCUUGCAUCAUUACCUUUUUACGAAUCAUUUACCAAUCCUUACUUAAGCCAUGUAAUUUCAUUCAACAUCCUUCAAACAUUUGUAAGCAUUCCCAAUUGAAAAGAAAAAUUAAUAAGUCAAAUUCAGUCCAGUCAGCUUCCAACCUCCCCUCCCCUGGACCCGGGAUUGUCAGUCCUUUUAACCUCCCUUAACCUGGUUGUCUCGUAUCCGAGGCCCUCAAGUCUCUUUCUUGCCCCUUUCGCCACUCUUGUUGAUGAUUCCUUUCCAGUCGUGGAUGCUCCAGCAAGAAAAUGCUUUUGACCCUUUGCAGCAAGUCCAUCCCAAACCCAUUGCCCAAGCCAGACAGCAAAUAAUACCACUUCAAAUUUCCACAAAGCUUGGAGACUUGGACUACUCCAAUCCUCUGAUAGCCCAUCACCAGACUCGGAAGGUCCAAAUAACCAUAUGGAGGGGGGGUCGAUCCAUCCCCCCAUUUCCAAAUCUGACCACAUUUCAUCUUUCCGAAUCUGGUUUGUCCCAAGUUUAUUUAUCAAGUUCAAAGGCUGAUCUUGCCCGUCCAAAGGUCCCUCCAUCUCUGAAGCCUCCGUCACUACAGCAGGUUCAUAUGCUUGUAUAGCCUUUAACUGAAUUUCAUUUGUUUGCUGCUGUGCUCUGGUAACUUCCAUCCUCAAGGUCGUCUCCUGACGCAUCUGGUCCAGCUGGGCACUUAGUUUUGAAAAACCUUCCAGGAACAAUUGUUCAAGCCUUUGUACUAGCAUUGUCCUUCAAGGUCAAAGAAAAUUCUUUCCCACGAGAGUAGUCCAAUAGUCUUUCUCUUUUAAUCUCUCUGCGUUGCAAUUUCACUAAAUUCCACUAGAUGGAAAUUUUUUUUUUUUUUUUUUAAGGAAUAAAAGCAACAGCAACAAUCUUUCUUUUUCCAGAAACACUUUAUCCAAAAUUCCCCCUUCCAAAUUCAAGAGGCAACAGUAGAAUCAAAAUGUUACCCUUCUUUUAACUAACUGUCGAGCUGGAUAAACUUCAGAACGUCAAUUCUGACAGCCCGCUCCUGGUUCAGGGCGGUGGAAAAUUGCUUUAUUUUAAACUCACUUCCGCAGGAUUGAAAGGUCCAAAUACAACCCCCUUUUCUCCUGCUGUCAAAGGGGGGGUUCAGAAAUCUUAGAUGUUGAAUUCUAGUUCUCUUAAAAUUUAAUUUUCAGGCUUUAGUAUAUUUUGUCUUUGCUUUCUUCACAUAACAAAAGAACGGAAGGCGACUUCCUGUUUAGACUUUCCCAUUCCGAGUCCCAAUUAAGUUCAAUUUCAAGUCCAAUAUUGUUUGUUUAUUCACCAGUCUUAAAAGUGGUUCAGCUCUUCUAAGAUCAGGUACUCACGGAUAGAUGUUUUAGAUGCCAAAUUGUCCAGGAAAAAGGCAGCGCUCUCCGAUAACGGCAGUGCGGCUUUGCUGCACGGAGGAAGCAGACGACUCACAGCACCACGCACCUCCCACUCCGGCGCCCGUUACCGGGCUCCUGUGCAGGGGGCGAGCGCGCUCUCGGUGCCCGCCGAGUCCCACGUCCACAGGCUGCUUCCGCCUGUGGUUUUUGCGGGUCCCCGCUGCGCCGUAGCGGCAGGACCCAAGCCUCCGUGCAGCGGGUUCCCUUCAGUCCGAAGGGAAUUCCGCCAUUUUCCGGAGGCGCCACCCCGGAAGUCCAAUAAUAAUAAUUUUAUUAUUUAUAUGCCGCUCACCUUGACUGGGUUGCCCCCAGGGUCUUGCAGAGCCAGGCAGAGGCCCGGGCCAGGUAGAUAAUGUGCCCCCCCAUUCCGCGCUCCUCUGCGGAGCCAACUGCAGGCCCCACCCCAGACGCUGGGGAAGCUUUUCUCUCGUGCUGCCAGCCAUGGCCCCAGGGAAUCCGCCCACUGCCGCCGCUGCCUUUGCGCCUCCUUGUUCGCCCCAGUGCAUCCCCUGCAAUUGUGAAUAUGCUGACCAAGGCCCCCUUUGGAAUCGGAGGCCCGGGCCAAGUGGCCCAUAUGGCCCCCUCUCUGUCUGGGCCUGGUUGCUCCAGCCGCUAUGGGUAGCUUCCGGAAAAAUAUACAAACGUAAUAAAACAUCAGACAUUAAAAGCUUCCUGAAGAAGGGCUGCCGUCAGAUGUCUUCUCGAAGUCGUUUAGUUGUUUAUCUCUUUGACAUCUGACGGGAGGAAGUUCCACUACUGAGAAGGCCCUCUGCCUGGUUCCCUGUAACCUCACUUCUCGCAGUGAGGGAACCGCCAGAAGGCCCUCGGAGCUGGACCUUCAGAAGGCCCUCAGAGCUGGACCAGAAGGCCCUUGAAAAGUCAUCCAGAAGGCAAUGUGGCCCUCAGGCUGAAAAAAGUAGCUGGUCGUAGAAGCAUAACUGUGAAGACCACUCAGGAACCCUGAAUGUUGGCAAUGACAGAUAUAAGGAGUCUGAAUACUCCCAGAUUUGCUGCCUCACCCUUCCGCCUGCUCCCUUCCUCAACUCAGGUCUGCUCAGCUGCUGUCCCGCUACCGGCCCCGGGCCCUCAUCAUCGCCGUGACCCGCGAUGAGCAGGUCGCCCGCCAGGCCCACCUCAGCCGCGGUAUCUUCCCAGUCCUGUGGCGUGGGGCCACCCAGGAGGUGUGGGCGGAUGAUGUUGAUCGCCGAGUGCAGUUUGGCAUUGAGAUCGGUGAGUCUGUAGCACUCCAUCCUGCCCAAGGAUCUGCCAUCUUUUCUUCUCCCUGAUGGGGCUCCUGGGAGUCUUUUACCUGCUCUGUUGCAGGCAGAUAUCCAAAUGGUGCAAGCCCCUCUUGACGCUGCAAAUUCUCAUCGGGAAAUGUGGUGCCUGUUUAAUGGUAGCUUCUCAUGCAUUCCCCCUCGAGGGCCUCAGCGAAAGGCAGCGGCCCUAACUCACUCCUUGCUUAUGCAAGAAGGGUGUGUUUGAGAGGACAGCUCCUUCAGGAAGCGGUGGGAAAUCUGUGGCCUCAAUACAGCCCUCAGCCGAAUGUCAGGGGGCCUUUGGACAGUGGCAGAGAAAGAGGGUGGCAUACACACAAACAAACAAACAAACAAACAAACAGUGCUGUGGAAUCCUGCAAUGGGCAAACCUACCCACUCACUUUCCAUUCCAUUCUUCUCCAGUAUGCAAUGAGACCGUCAGGAGCCGGAGUCAGGAUUAGCUCAGUAACGAAAUACCUGGUGUCAGUGAAGUUAACUCUUUAGUCAAAGAAAAAGUGCAGGCCUAGUGGUCACAGCAACCCACCCUGGUAGAUCUUGCCCCAAUGAGGCAGUUGAGAGGACUGAAGGUCCCCACCUGCCCACUGCUCCCUAAAACUUCCUCUCUCCGAGUUCCUUCCCUAGCAGCCUAAGACUGCACUGUCUUGUCUCUCUUUCCUCCCCCCUCUUUAUUUCUCUGUGGGUUCUGGGGGAGCAGGCAGAAAGGGAGCUGGUCACACAGCAGGAGGGUGAGACCCCCUGGCUUCUUCAGCAGCCUGGCCACCCCCUCCUCUCCAGCCUCCGCUUCUACCUCUGAGUCUGAACCGCUCUCUGCCACCUCAUCUUCCUGCUCACUAAACCCCGUUCCCUCUUCAUCUUCGGACACUUCCUCCUCCCAGCCUGCUCCCUCUGGCCAGUCAUCGCCAUCCCAGCAACACUCCCCUGGCUCUGAGCCUUCUUCCCCUGGUUCCCUGGGGCGGGGGGUCCCCAGCUCCUCUGCAUCCAAGCCAGCCCAAGACAGCAACUCUGUUAGAUCACCCUCUCCCCUAGAGUGUGGAACCCUUGGGUCAAAAAACAACACACACACCCCAGCUGUGUCUCACAGGAACAUCCAGAGCUCACAUGAUCUGGAAGGGGAUGACUGCCCUCCCCACAGUUUUGCAACGGAACCUCUGGCUCUCCUUACCCUUACCCUUCAUCCUUUUCCUGAUCCUGUCUUCCACUCUCCCUUCCCAGGCCGGGUGCGAGGUUUCCUGCGGUCCGAGGACUUGGUCAUCGUGGUUACAGGCUGGCGGCCUGGAGCAGGUUAUACCAACAUCAUGAGGGUGCAGCAGGUUCCGUAA